GUUCGGUGGUGUUUUCAUCUGAAUAAUUUCGGAUUCAUCUGUGCCUCAAGGCUGAUACCGAGAGCUGACCUGCUUUUACUACCCCACCGUCAUCUUCAUCCAAGACCGUGCCUAGGUCAAGCUUUGACAACCGUGGUUAUGCCUCGAGAAUGUCAGCACAUCCGGUUUCAACGACUUGAGAUCCUCGAUGGGUUCUGAGCAAGUGCAUCCCGGCAUGAGAACUAUAAGACUGUCCUUUGGUCUCUAAUCCAUAAUUCUUUCUUCUUUUUUCUUUACAACACUCUCUUUUCCAUUCAUUUGGUGCUCCCCACUUUCGUUACAAGAUGCAUUCAUUUUUCAGCACCGUUGCCUUUACGGCACUUGUUCUGUCUUCGCUCGUCUCUGCAGCUCCUGCUCCAGCUGUCGCCUCCAUCGAUCCAGCCACGAAAUUAAACCCCGCUACCCCAAAAAUCAUACUUGGACCUGUUCGUUCUUCCAAAUCUCCUGCGAUUGCUUCUCUUUCUUCGGCUCAGGAUGCUGCCUCUGUACCUGCGUCCAAGGUUCAACCCAUCGCCCCUCAAACAAACAUCACCCUUGGAUACUCUUCCAUCAACGUUACCGACCAGAUGACCGCGACGAUUCGAGCCACCAUGAAGAUGCCAUCAGUCCUCCUCGAAGACAUUGACUCGAUUGCUUCCGUCGACUGCUCCGCAACUUCCGUCGCUGUCAAAUUCGGCAACAAAGCCGACUUCGAGGAGAGCUUCGCUGACUGGCCGGCUUCCAAUUUUAUUCUGUUCACAAACCAUUUGGGCGAUUGCGACACCGACAAUACCCGUGGUCUAUAUGUCGUCAGCUCGGUCGCCUUCGACAAUGCCACUUUCACUGUCACCGCAUCUUCUAAGAAGUCAAACUUUGACGAGCAGACUGAUGAGAUGACUGUAGAAUACACCAAGCCUGCUGAAGCCAAGCGAGAAGUCACAACGACCUUCUUCGGAGACUUCCCCGGUAACCUCAACUUGAAUACUGACCCUCUCAAGAAGACUCUGUCAGUCUCUGUCCACGAGCCAAAGCUUGGCGGCAGCCUUGCCGUCAGCGGUCACAUCCACUUCUCUUGGCUCAAACUCAAGGCUACUUCUUUCUACGUCGAUGUCGAUCUUGGACUAUCUGCUUCAGCCAACGUCAAGGUUGCUGCUACCGCCUCGUACGGAAGUGAAGUCUACAGCUUCUCACCUACAGGCAUCACCAUUGCCGCAUUCAGCAUCCCCGGCAUACUCGAUGUUGGCCCAGCUCUUGCGUUCAAGAUGGGUGUCGAGGUUGCUGCUUCAGGAACAGUUGAAAUCUCCGCAGAUCUUUCCGCAACCAUCACCAACGGCAAGGCCCACAUUGAUUUCCUCGACAGCAAGAAUACCGUCACUUCCGGCUGGGACCCAGUUUACACACACGCCGUCAAUGUCUCCGCCGCAAUCGAGGCUCAAGUCAACCCAUUCGUUGAGCUCACCGCUGAGAUGGCUGUCAACUUCCUUGGUGGCGUUCUAGAUCUCUCUUCAGGUAUCAGAGCAAAGCCUACUUUGAUCAACGUCUUCAGUCUCCAAGCUCAAUUCAACAUCGACAACGCCAACAACGUCACCAUCCCAGCUUCCACUGACGAGACUUGUGUCAAUGGAAUUUGGUUCUCGAAUGCAUUCGACUUCAUUGUCACUGCUUUCGUUACUCAGUUUUACGACAUUGAGGUUUUCAGACUCGAUGUUCCUAUCUACAAGUCUGGAUGCUGGACCUGGGCUCCUGAUGUCAUUAAUGGAACUGCAAAGGCAACUGCAUAGGUUUUCUGGUUGGGAUUGGACUCGGUAUUUGGGGUGGGAAAAACUUAGGAUAGACGGGGUAUAGAUCGACGGCUGGGAAAAGGGGACUGGUAUAGACGGAGACUUGGCGUCGGCGUUUAUAGAUAUCAUUUACACACCUUCACCUGGU